AUGAAAAAAGAAGAUAUAACAAUAGUCUAUAGCGGAAGAAAGGAUGGAAGACAUGAAAAUGGUGUGGGAUUUAUAGUGAGUGACGAUAUACUAUCACAAGUAAAAGAUUUCACGGCACCACCAACUGACGAGACAGAAGAAAAUCUCAAAAAUGAAUUCUACGAUGAUCUAGAGAACAUACUUGACACAACAACGAAUAGCUGUAUCAAAAUAUUAAUGGGUGACUUUAAUGCAAAAAUUGGGAAGGAGGAUAUGUACAGACCCACGAUUGGACCGAAUAGCUUACAUGAUGCUUACAUAAUCAUAUGUAAUGAUGUGCAUAAAAAAUGGAAAAAGGUAAAAAAGGUAAAAAAUAAGGAAUCUGUAAAAUACUGUAUAGAAAAACUGUUAGACAGGGAUGUAUUGAAGGAAUACAUAUUAUGUAAAACACAGCAACAACUACAAAAGACUGCAACAAAAAUACAGAGGAAGGCGAAAAUAUUGAACGGAUAUGGAACAGAAUCAGAACAGUAG